AUACAGUUCAUAUCAUAGCUCUGUAGGAGCUAAUACGAAAGCUGUAUUGAAUCAUUGCUCAGAAACUUACGUACGUGGGCGGCAACAAAACAUUGUGUUCCAUGUGCGCGUUUAUUUACAAGUAGUAAUAUCCUUAAUAUUGACUGGAAUACGGUGAUUUAUAACGUUUUAAAUAAAAGUAUAAAUAAUUUGCGGAAACCAUAAGUGAAAUAUUUGAGAAACUCUGAAACAUUAAUUUAUUGACUGUGAAAAAGGUUUAUAUUUUUGUGAGGAAAAUGACUGCGUCCACAAUGAUUGAAUUGGAGUCUUGGAUUAUCUACCAAUGCGUGCUGAAUGAAUGCCAUGUAUCCAGUAGCUGAUUUGCAGAACAUAUUGCAGUUUAAAUUUUCUCAAUGCUAGCCAAUUGAUUUGGAGUAGUAUCUUCUGUUGUUGCCUCAAGUUUUCUUUUAAGUUUUCUCCAUGGUAGCCUCCAUGGAAGGCGGUGCGUGGUGCGCCCGCGACAUCUCGCUGCGCGCGCAAAAGAAGUUCCUGUCGCGGGUUGGGGGCGCAGCAAGCGCUCGCGCUUUGGUUCUCGACGAGCACGCUGCUAAAUUGUUAGACCAGUUUCUGACGGUGCUGAGGGAGCGCGUGGAGAAGCGCGAGGCAGAGAAGUUGGUGAAGCACGUGAUCAAGGCGGCGGUGAAGCUCGGCGUGCUGCGUCGGCACGGACAGCUCUCCGCGGCAGACGAGCGCGCCCUCGCCGCAUUCCGCAGCAAAUUCCAUACGGUGCUGAUGGCUGUAGUGUCAUUCUGCGAGGUGGACUUCUCGUAUGACCGUGGCUUCCUGCAGGACGCUCUAAGGGAGUCGCAUCAAUCGCUCAAGUCUGUAGUCGAAAGGCAUUUGUCAGACAAAUCAGUAUCUAGACUGGCCGGUGUAUUCGCACUGGCUUCUCGCGGGGACCUCUUAGAUUCCUUAUUCUCCGGCCAAAUAGACGAAGAUGUGCUCAAACUGACAAGGAUGCUGCGCAAAGAACUGGACAGGGGCCUGAUAUAAACCAAACGAGGAGAUACGUAAGCCGUCCUAUAACCAAAGCUGUUCUUACCAUCUAAAUGAUCUCUAUAUUAAAGAGUAUCGGUCCGCUUUCGGCCGGUGUUGCCAUUAUACUAUUUUAAAAACGGUAGAAAUCGUGGCGAUUGGAGAAUAAUUAUGAAAAAAAAAACUCGUUUGUCUUGUUAAAGGCAGUUAAGGGUGAAUUUCACUGUUAAUUUUUAACUUUUUACUCUCAAGCGAACCGUUCUUCAAAUCUUUUGGGAUCAGAAUAUAGUUAUCUCAAUAAAUUGAGAUUGUCUCUUUAUUAUUAAUAUUCGUUAUUCGGUCUCUAUUCGAUCGGUGUUUUGUAGACGCUUUGCUUUAUUUAAUAAGCAAACACUAACUUUAGACCUAUUUGGGCUAUUAUUUUAAGACUAGAGUUUGCUCAUUUUCAGCGUUCACGUCGUCCAAAUAAUUUUAAUUAAAUGUUACUUUUAAAUCGUAGAUUAAAAAAUGUUGCUCUCCUAAAAAUAAAGCUACCAAUUGGUAAUAUUUCUGUUAGUAGUUUUUGUGACGGUGCUGCCAAUAAAAAAAUAUUACCGUAAGUGAAAAAAAUAUUUUAUUGCGUCAGGAUAAAAACAUUUUAUAUCUAUU